AUGAUCAAAGAGAAGGUGAAGGCUGCACAAGAUCGACAAAAGAGCUACGAUGACAAGAGGAGGAAGCCUUUGGAAUUCCAGGUGGACGACCAUGUGUUUUUGAAGGUCUCAUCUGUGACCGGAGUUGGGAGAGCUCUGAAAUCUAGAAAUCUAUCUCCUAAGUUUAUUGGACCAUUCAAAGUGCUGAGUAAAAUCGCUCCUCUAACUUACCAGACAGCACCACCUUUGAAUCUCUCAAACUUACAUCCGGUGUUCCAUGUGUCCAAAGUCAUGAAGUAUGUGUCAGAUCCCUCUCACGUGAUUGAUCAUGACCCGGUUCAGGUAAGGGAAAACUUGUCCUGCAAUGUGUACCCAGUGAGGAUUGCGGAUCACAGUGUUAAGCAGUUGAGGGGCAAGGAGAUCCCACUGGUAAAGGUGAUAUGGAGCUCGAGUGAUGAGGGAGAUGCCACAUGGAAAACGGAGACCAGAAUAAGAGAAUUGUAUCCAGAGUUAUUUGUAUAG